AUGCCCAUAGACUCAACCACAAUGGCAGCAAGCCUGGAGAAGCUCGAGAAACAGCUCGACAGGCUGGAAAAGCUCUUCUCCAAGCGCAAAAAGUCGAAGCCCUCUCACGACCUCGGCCGCGCCGUGCCCGAGGCUGCUUCUUCAACCUGGUUCCAGCAAGAGGAUGACGACGACCUCGUGCACUUCCCCCAACCGCCCUUUAUCCGCCCUACUUCCUCGCGCAUGGUCGCCCGUGAUGAGCUCCUCAUGGCGCCUCGCCUGACCCGUCGUGCUAGAAGCCUGCCCGAGUCACCGAGCACGCCGCGUCUUACUACUCCAACCAAGCCGGGCAGCAGCAGCACCCGGCUGGCCGACUCCCCUCAGUCUACCCGACCGGAUCCCAAAACGCCAAAAAAGGGUCUUCUUCCUAAGUUAAGGCCUGAUAUUCCGCGUCGAUCAUCUUCGCUCUUCCUGGCGGCUGCUACCUUCGACAUCCCCCCUGAGCUAUUCGAGCUCAACUUUUCCAGUCCGACCGGCAGGACCGAGUACUCGCUCAGCAGCGGCAGAUCUCCCGCUAAGUCGGCGUCUCCUGUUUCUGUCUCGCCUAAGUCGCAAGUCGAGAGGAAACGUCGGUCGUCGCACAACACUCUCGAGCAGCCCAAGGCCCAUGAGGCACUUCAGGAGAUGCUCAAGAAUGAGAAGGAGACGCUCGGCGACGCGGUCCAGUCUCAGCGUGAGAGCCAGAUCAUUGUGCCAGCUGAUGGGAGCGACGAGGCUGCGCCAUUGUCGCCUCGGCUCGUCCCCCUGCCGAUGCCGGGCCCUGAGGAAAUUGAGUUCUUUGGUCUUGAGCAGACUCAAACUUCAACCAUUCAAAACCAACACUCCACAAAGGGCACCGAUCCAACAACACCCUCCAAGCCCGACUCCAACCCAGCCCAAUCCCUCCACGAGCCCACCCUCGGCGAGUUCCUCGCCCUCAAAGACGAAGACAUCGCCGACUCGCAGCCCGUCGCCACCACCCACACCAAGCCUCUGAUGCCUCCUCCCCUGCGCAUCUCUUCCAACCCCCAGAGCCCCGUGGUCUCAACACCUUCAUCUCCCGUCUGCGAGUUCGAGCUGCUCACUCUCUGCCCUCCGCUCGCUAGCCGGCCUGCUGCGGCAGCGGCAUUGGAGGCUGCGCGUAUUGCGACAAAGUAUGAGUUUGACCUGGUUUAUGUGGUGAAUCUUUGGCCAACAAAUAUCACCCGGUCUGGGCGGCGAAAUAACUCCAAUUCCAGCAACUCUCCGACCUCAUCGCCUCUAUCGGGUCCAAGCUCAGGAGAUGACACCACCAACCCGACCAACACUACCCCUCAAAACACCGCUAGCAGUAUGACCGGCCGCCUGCUAGCCGCGUACGGCCUCCCCUCCAUCAUGUGCCCCUUCCGCAUCUCAGCCCCCGUUCACCAAAAGGUCUUGCGCACCAAGGGAUGGCUCGAGUAUCGCAGCGAGGGUGCGUCGCUGGAUGAAUUUGCCCGGGGUUACUCAUGCUCCUUCUAUACAGGGUACACACCCACCACUAACCCCCCCACUACAACUACGAAGUCCGAGGUCAGGGGGGGGCAGCAGCAGCAAGGGGGGAAGAAGGAGAGACGCAUCCCCAACCGUGGCGUUGUCUUCGCUGCGUUCAGGUUGCCAUAUGAGGAUGGAACCGUGAGAUGCAGUGAUGCUAGGGAGUUGGAUGAGUUGCAUCGCGAUGCGGAGAGGUUGGUGGAUAUGGUGUUGGAUGGGCAGUUAACUAAAAGACAGGUGGCAAUGAAGAAGUCCAGGCAGGCAGCGAUGCAGCAAGGUCAAAACCAGAGCCAGGAACAGGGAGGUAAAGGGGUCAUGAACUCCAAGCAGAAGCGCUCCUCCCCCGGCGGUCCCAGCAAGCCAAUUACCCCGACAAAGAGUAUGACUUCCCUGAAGGGGAAUUUGAACCCAUACAGCGUCAGCACGACGCACUUCCCCUUCCCUCUCCCUCCGCAUACAACUACAGCCCCUGCUACGACCAUGCAAUACGGGUAUCACCACCCCGCGGCACAGCUCUCGGCCCCUGCACUAGCUCUUCCGUCAUCUAGCUCUUCUAUUUCGGGUUCGACAAAUACGUCGUCGAUGUAUUCGGCGAUUUCGACUUCGACUUCGUCUACUACCCCCUUGACUGCGCAGACGUCUGCUACGUCCCCGUCCCCGUCGUCGAUUAGGUGUGUGGCGGGAGGGAACGUGGGACGGGGUGGUGUGAGGUCGGAGCAAGCGGCGGUAUUAGCCAUCUAA